CGGGGCAGUUUUUCCUAGCAGUGCCCUGCCGUGGAGUGAUGUAGCAGGACGUACGGGACAGAGCGGGCACCGAGGGAAGCACAGCAAACGUCAGUGCACUUGUUUUUAUCAAACUUGUUAAAAAUUCUGUGUAUUUUAGAAGCACAAUGGAUUUAUUUAAUAACCAAAUCUAACGUCAACAGUAUUGGAGCCAUCCGUGCAGCGUGACACACGGACAUCUUGUUUCUCUCACAUCAGGACACCGGAGUGUACAGGCGUAUUUUUGUUCGUUUUGGACCCGGUGCCGAUUGAAUUGUAGUGGAGCUCUGUAAAGCUCACCAUGGCGUGGCCCUGUAUCAGCCGGGCGUGCUGCAUGGCCCGCUUCUGGAACCAGCUGGACAAGGCUGACAUUGCAGUGCCUUUGGUCUUCACCAAGUACACGGACGUCUCUGAGAUGCAGCACAUCCAGCUGCAGCCGCCGCUCCACCCUGCCCAGGCCCGGGUCGCCAUAGAAACGCAGCCGUCUCGCGCAGAAACCCGCACCCCGACGGCUGCACGCGCGCCGCGAAGGUGCGUCUCCGAGGAGCGCGUGUGCAGCUCGGUGAUGCGCGAGGACUUUAAGCACUGGAAAGUGAGACCCGAACCGAGCUGUAAACCCAAGAACGAGUACCACGGACCGGAAACACCGUUCAACAGCGAGACCCAGUACCAGAAGGACUACAAGCCCUGGCCUAUCCCGAAAAGGUACGACCACCCCUGGAUACCAAAACCGCCCCUAACCGACGACCGGGCACCGGACAGGUCCAGGCACGCGAAACAGCACCUGGCGUCGGCGGAUGCGGACAGCGGUGUGGAGAAGAGCGCUAUAGCCGACAAGGUGCAGGAGAAAGACCUCCUCCAGGGCCAGGAGAGGAAAAAGAAGUCCAGUAAACAGGAGGGGGUGAAGAAAGUUGUCCUGAAGGUGGAAGGAGAGGGCAAAGGGAGGGCGGCGGCGGAUGCGGUGAACAGACAGAUCAAAGAGGAGAUCGCAGGCGGCAGCUCGUACAAGGUUGUGCUAAAACAGUACCACUACAUACAACUCUGCCAGCCAAUCCGAGAUAUUGGCUGGGUGCAGACUCUAAAGCAACACCUGUGGGGCUGUGCACUACCCAAUCCCAGAGAUGCUAAAGACGAGCCUCUCCGACCCAGUCAUCAUCAUUCCCAGGGUGCUGCUGGAGGAGAACCACAGCCACUGCUGGAGAGACCCGAACCUCGGAGGAGCAGCGGAGUCGUACGCUUUGCCCUAGAUGGGAACCAGACUGACUAGUUCUGCAGAGGCAGAUACACCUUAUACAGAGACUGCUACUCUGUACUGUAAAUGUCUAGUAUUUGCAACUAAGUUGGAAUAGGAAAAGAGGUGAAUCCCACAAAAAAAAAACUCCGCUAUCCAAGAGGGAGCCCACAUAUUUGAAACACGCAUGUUUGAGACAGCUUUUGACUCUAAGCUCACUGCUGUUUGACCAAUGUCAUUAUUGCAAAGGUGCUACAUCAUUUUUUUCUGGUUUCAUGCAAUUUCUUUAAAACAAAUAUGUCAAUAAUAUUAGAAAUACCACACCAUUAAGUGCUUAUACAACAAUUACAA